UCCAUUUUGAAGAGAGCAUAGGGAGGAAAAAUGGGGUCCCUAGGAGCCUCCUGUCUCACUAUUUCAUUGGCAAUAAUCCUUUUGAGUUUGCCAACUGAAAUCUCAGCCAACAAAUACUCAUACUCCUCCCCUCCACCACCCAAGAAGCCAUACCACUACCCUUCUCCACCACCACCAGUUCACUCGCCGCCGCCACCACCUUAUCACUAUCCAUCUCCACCACCACCACCAAAGAAGCCCUACAAGUAUCCAUCUCCACCGCCACCAGUCCACUCACCACCUCCUCCAAAGGCACCAUACCACUAUCCUUCUCCACCUCCACCGCCAAAAAAGCCAUAUAAGUACCCAUCUCCACCACCACCGGUUCACAAAUAUCCUCAUCCACACCCACACCCUCACCCUCACCCAAUCUACCACUCUCCUCCACCACCAGUUCACAAGCCCCACCCUUACCCCCACCCAGUCCACCACUCUCCACCACCACACAAGAAGCACUACAAGUACCCGUCUCCGCCACCACCGGUACACAAGUACCCACACCACCACCCUCAUCACCCGGUGUACCACUCUCCACCACCACCAGUCCACCACUACGUUCCUCCGCCACCACACAAGAAGCCUUAUAAGUACCCGUCUCCUCCUCCUCCAGUUCAUUCUCCACCUCCACCACACUACUACUAUAAAUCACCUCCUCCACCUUAUCAUUACUAGAUAAUAUAUACUACUACUUUGCAUGCAUCCAUCAACCCUGCACAUGGAUCUAUACGCGCAAAGUGUGGAAAAACAAAGAAUAAGGUCAUAUGAAGGGGACCGAGAAUACAAGAAUCUUCUGUCGACGUAGAUCUCGUCAUAAGUGCUUGAUUAUUGUUUAUUGCAUUUCUUAGUUAUUCUCAUGUGUUAUUAAUUAGUAUAAUAAUGUUGUAUUAGACAUACAUCUGAGCUGUACUUAGGCACUGCCCCCUCUACGUAUUGGCAGUUGCUUUGCAUGUAUUGAUGUAAUUUUUAAUGUGUCUGUUUGCGGAUGCAGAAUAAUAAGCAGUAUAUUAAAAAGAUAA